AUGCCCAUCAUCAGCAACGCCAACCAUGACUUCAGCAAUCUGUCUGUCAGUGAUGACAGCAGUCUUGACCGCAUCUUCACAGAGAUCCCAGAGACAGAGACCGUCAAGGGUGUGCACUACCAGAGAGCUCAGUUCAUCCGGCGCCCAGAGGACCUGGUGUCCAUCGACCACGCCCUGCUUGCAGUGAUAAAUGUUGGGGGAAACCGCUACACCUUCCCCUGGAGUACCCUGGAGCAAUUCCCUCUCACACGACUUGGCCGCCUCUGUGGCUGCCGCUCACCUGAGGACAUUGCCAGGGUUUGCGAUGACUAUGACGAAGCCCGCAAGGAGUUCUUCUUCGACCGCUCGCCGUCCGCUUUUAGGGUCAUCCUCAACUUCCUGGCUGCAGGGAAGCUGCGCCUGCUGCGGGAGAUGUGCGUCCUCUCCCUCCACGAUGAGUUGACCUACUGGGGAGUGGAGCUGGCAUACAUGGAGCGCUGCUGUAAGAGGAAGAUGUACACACGCAUCGAGGAGGUGCAUGAGCUGGAGCGGCGUGAGGAGGAGCGCAGGCAGAGAAACGCCAUGCAGCGUGUGACGGUGGAGGAGACGAGGUACCGAAAGGUGAUGAGCUGGCUCAGAGAUAUGGUGGAGAAUCCACAAUCCGGCUUACCGGGGAAGAUCUUUGCCUGCAUGUCGGUGAUCAUGGUCGCGGUGACAGUCGUCAGCUUGUGUAUCAGCACCAUGCCAGACCUCAGAGAGGAAGAGGACAGGGGUGAGUGUUCCUCCAAGUGCUACAACAUGUUCAUCAUAGAGACGGUGUGCGUGGCCUGGUUCUCCCUGGAGUUCAUCCUGCGGUUCAUUCAGGCCCGCAGCAAGCUUGACUUCCUCCGCGGGCCGCUAAAUGUCAUUGACGCCAUGGCCAUCCUUCCCUACUACGUCUCCCUGGUGGUGACAGAGGAGGACCCAGCCCUGGAGCACGAGAGACCAGGAGGAGGUAAAGGCUACUUGGACAAGCUGGGCCUGGUGUUGAGGAUUCUGCGGGCCCUGAGGAUUCUCUACGUGAUGCGGCUGGCUCGCCACUCUCUUGGCCUGCAGACGCUGGGGCUGACGGUCAGACGCAGCACGCGAGAGUUUGGCCUCCUCCUGCUUUUUCUCUGCGUGGCCGUCACCCUCUUCUCCCCGCUAGUCCACUUGGCUGAGAGCGAGCUCACUGGCACCCAUGACUUCAGCAGCAUCCCUGCCUCCUACUGGUGGGCCAUUAUCUCCAUGACGACCGUGGGCUAUGGCGACAUGGUGCCUCGGUCCAUUCCAGGACAGGUUGUAGCACUGAGCAGCAUCCUCAGCGGGAUCCUCAUUAUGGCCUUCCCUGCUACCUCCAUCUUCCACAUGUUCUCGCGCUCCUACCAAGAGCUCAAGAUGGAGCAUGACCGAUUGUUCAAGGAGGAGUGUGCAGCCGCUGCGGCUGCUGCUGCCGCAGCCACUGGGGAGCUGCAGGAGGCGGGAGGUGAAGGAGUUGGGGGGGACUCAGCUGCGCCUGGGCUGGGGUUACGUCUAGACAAGGACAGUGUGCACUCACUGGAAUCUCUCGCUCUGUUGGGGAAAGGUGGUGAAUCUGCAGGAAAUAACAACCACAGUCUGCCGGCAGCAGCUUUCUGAACAUUUCUUACACUGACUGACUCAAUCCUAAACUUCCAAGAAGAUAUAUGUACACAAAUCUCUGUGUUGCAUACAAUGAAAGUACUUCAAAUGACUGUUGCUCCAAAGCCUCGCUUCCUAUUCGGUUGUGAGGAAGGCGCUUGUGUUA